AUGGUCUCCCGACGGGACCGUCUUGCCGGCCUGCACCUCGAUGACCCAACCAAAGUGUCCCUGCUCCAGGCGCAGAUGGACGGCCACCCUGGGACGGCAAGAGCAUGCAUCCCCAGCCUCGCGAGCGACGACAUGAGCCGCCUGGUCAGCACAUCGGCUGCGAGCAGAUCUCGUCGGACGGCGUCAGUGUGGGGCCGGCUUAUCGUGCACCUGGCACCCGAAAUUCGGCUUGCUCGAGAGCUACGAGCUCGAAUCCGCGCGGGCCGGCGCCGAUCUAUUUCCCCUGGCUAUCUCACCCGAGUGUCAACUUCUUGCGUGCCGCUCCGACACGGGCCGAGGUGUGCGACCUUGGAAACGCGGCGGUUCAGUGCGGGCGGCGGUAUGAUGCUGACCGUAGAAUGUGAAUGGCAGAAUCAGAGUCAUGGCGUCAUUGGUUUAUAA